AUGACUCUAUUCCUUGUUGCUUUCGCUGCUGCGAACAAUCUCACAUCGGUGGAAAAUACUAUCCAUUUUGCGAGGCCAGCAAUGGAGCACCUUAUCUCGCAGUGGGGAGACAAGAGGAUUGUGUAUACUCCUAAGAAGGCAGUGGCCAGAGUUGCGUCCAUCGACAAGAAUGACUUGAAGACUUUGAAGGCACAAGGCAACAAAAUGAAGGCGGGCGAUGAGGUGGCUCUCCUGAAUGGUGGGGUUCGAAUUGACCGUCAAGGCUUCUUCCAGAAAGGGGGAGUCAAGAACUCACCCUAUUUCGCCAACUUGCAAGGUCAGGUUGCUAAAUGGUCAGUUUGGCAAGUGAAUGUGCAGACUGGUCAGGAUUUUGCUGUAGCUGCUAUCAGGAUGAGUAUGGCAGAGAGUAUGAAUUCGAAAAAGGAGAUUUGGCUGGAAAAAUGA